GACCUCUGUUUCCCAAGAAAUUGGAAACCGAAACUUUUUGAGAUGGAAACGCAAAUCCAGAAGAAACCCAGAUUCCUCUGCCUCCAUGGGUUCCGAACGAGUGCCGAAAUCCUCCGGAAACAGCUCCUCCGACGGUGGCCUGAGACAGUGCUUGGAAAAUUGGACCUGGUUUUCAUUGACGGGCCUUAUCCGGGCCAAGGCAAAUCCGAUGUCGAAGGCUUCUACGAUCCUCCUUACUACGAGUGGUUUCAGUUUAGCGAGGAUUUUCAGGAGUACUAUAAUUUUGAGGAAUGCCUUGCUUAUAUUGAAGAUUACAUGAUCAAGCAUGGACCUUUUGAUGGUCUGAUGGGUUUUUCCCAGGGAGCUAUUAUAUCUGCAGCAUUGCCAGGAAUGCAAUUAGAUGGUGUGGCACUUACAAAGGUUCCAAAGAUUAAGUAUGUGAUUAUAAUGUCAGGGGGGAAGUUUGGCGGAUCCAUGUUUGGCUCCCCCAAACUGGCUGUUAAUGCAUUUUCAUCUCCUGUCAAAUGCUCUUCCCUCCAUAUUAUAGGUGAAGAAGAUUUCUUGAAAGAACCUGGGAUUGAGUUAUUGGAAUCAUUUGUGGAUCCAUUUGUGAUUCACCAUCCCAAAGGACACACAAUUGCAAGACUUGAUGAGAAAGGACAGAAGACAAUGCUCAGCUUCAUUGAAAAGAUCGACAAGAUGUAACUGCAGCUACCAAGAACAGAAUUUGCCUAAAUGAUGCUGCAAACUUUUGUCAUAUUUGUAUCAUGAAAACACUAUAAUUAUGAUGGGUUACACUUCUCUGACCCCAAGAUGUAUUUGGAUCAUGAUCAUGAAAAUACGAUAACAUUGAAGGGUUAU